UGUAUAAAGACAAUUGCAAGAAUUAGGGUUUAGGUAGAGAGAAAGAAGGAUAGAGAUGGCGAAAUUCAAUGUGGUGCAAAAAAGGAGAAGAGAACAAGUAGCAUAUAGAAAGAGAGCAAUACACGGAGACCCAGUUACAGGGAAGCUCAAGAACAAACCUCAGCCCCUCUCUCUCUCUGGAAAGCGCAAGCGCAAGCUAUUGAAGAAAUGGCGUAGAGAUCAGAAGGAGGCUAUAGAGAAAGGUCUGGUCACCAUGGAAGAUGUGGAGAUGGCUGCUGCUGAAGGUGAAGGUAUAUCCGAGAAUGCCAACAAAACACCAGCCAGAUUUAACGUGAAGAAGGGUUUGAAACUCAAACAGUUGAAGAGUAAUGGUAAGAAAAAAGGGAAAUCUAAGCCGGUCGCUGAAGCUCCAGAAGAUGUAAUGGUAGAAUGAUUAGUAGACAUAAUAUUGCCAAACCAGUAACUUUUCUUAGAGGAUAUGAGUGUAGAAAAUCUGCCCCAGGACAUGGAAUUGUAACUUCAGAUUUCAUUUCACUUGUAACAAUGAAGUCCUUUCUCUUGGUUUGUUCUUUUCAUGUAUGAAAGGAAAAAUGGAAUCUGAAAUGCAGAAAAAGAAUGAAUACUGAUUUUCUAUUCUGCACU